CUCCAUCACCUGGCACUAUCGUGCGGCUGAUCCCGAGUGGGGAUCCUUCCAAUGCAAGCAAUGUCUCGACUUGCUCGAGAACAACCUUGUGCCCAAGCGACCAAUUGAGGUGCUUGUUGGUAAGAAGAACCUAGAAGUCAGACCGAUUGCUGUCAACAAGGGAGAGAUCGUCAAGCGUAUCCUGUACAAUAAUCCCAAUGCCGAAUUUGUAUUCUGCGCUGGUGAUGACAAGACCGACGAAGACAUGUUCCGCGCCCUUUGCACUCUCUUUACGGCCACCACCACACAAGCGGUGAUGCAACCGCCCGCCUCGGCCAAACUCAUCGAUGGAGAAGAUGCAGCCAAAGAUCCUGUUACCCUCUCGUUGACACAAAAGGGUCUCUUCUCCACCACCGUCGGUUCGUCGAGCAAGAAGACACUCGCUGCCUGGCACGUUACCAGCGCUGACGAGGUGGUCGACGCCAUGCUCCAAUUGGUCGACUUGCCGAUUCCUAAACGUAUCGUUAUGCUAGGUGCCGACACUCCCCUCCGAACCCCGGGCACAGACGCACACCUAUAA